UUCUUCGUGUUCGUCCAGCUGGUGGAGUCUCCUCCUGUCUUCAAUGAAAACGAAACCAGAGAGGGAGAGAGAGAGCAGAGCUCCCUGCGUUUGGGACUACCACACCCCCGCCCAGCGUCCGACCGACGGUGGAACUUCCAUGGUACUUCCACCACCCAAGCCGUUAGGGCUCAAAAAUUUCAUCCUCUUUUCUCUCGUUUUCCCCCUUUCGCCGAAGCCCUCGCGUCUUUCCCCUUCUGCCUGAAACCCCCUUCACCUCUGUCGCUGCUUGAAGCUCCCUUCUCGUCCAUCGAAGCUGUCCAUCGCCGUCUCUUGCCGAAGCUGUCCUCUUCUCGGGAAGUAGGAAGAGGAGAAGGAGGAAGAAGACGAGAAAGGAGGGAUGGUAGGAUUCAGGAAGAAGGGAAGAAUUGAGGUUUUCCAGGUGAUCAUUUCAUGUGACGGAGUUGAUCGAGGGAAGCCAUGACUAUGCAGGGCACGGAGAUUGACCCUGGUGAGUUGGACGAGAUAAUCGCCCAUCUACUCGAGGCACGAUCGUCGUCGAGGGCUAGAAGGCAGGCCCGCUUUACGGAGUCUCAGAUUCGGCUGCUUUGUGUUGCUUCCACGGAGAUCUUCCUCAGGCAGCCUAAUCUCUUAGAGCUUGAAGCCCCGAUUAAGAUUGCCGACAUGGCUCCACCGCUCGAGAAUGCAAGCAAGUCCGCCGAUGCGUUUCCUCUCCAUCCUCCUCUCAACGAAAGGAUACUUUCUUCUAUGUCUAGGAGGGCUGUGGCCGCCCAUCCUUGGCAUGAUCUUGAAAUAGGACCCGGUGCUCCUACCAUUUUUAACUGCGUUGUGGAGAUUGGAAAAGGUAGCAAAGUAAAAUAUGAGCUGGACAAGAAAACUGGUCUGAUUAAGGUAGACCGUGUCUUAUACUCAUCAGUUGUGUACCCUCACAACUAUGGUUUCAUUCCACGGACACUCUGUGAAGACAAUGACCCUAUUGAUGUCUUGAUUAUUAUGCAGGAACCUGUCCUUCCAGGCAGCUUUUUACGAGCUAAAGCUAUAGGUCUGAUGCCUAUGAUUGAUCAGGGAGAAAAAGACGACAAAAUUAUUGCAGUUUGUGCUGAUGAUCCUGAAUAUCGACACUACAAUGACAUCAGAGAGCUACCUCCACAUCGUUUAGCUGAAAUCAAAAGGUUUUUUGAAGAUUACAAAAAGAAUGAAAACAAAUCAGUUGUGGUGAAUGAGUUGCUGCCAGCCUCUACUGCAUAUGAAGCCAUUCAGCACUCAAUGAAUCUCUAUGCCACAUAUAUUGUGGAGAGCCUAAGGAGAUAGAUUAUUGCUUCUUGAAGUGUGGAUCUGGAAGAAAGCACUUAUAUAUCAAAACUAAGUUGUUUUUAAAUGGAAUUAAGUUCUCUUGCUUUUUGUUUUGCUUAGUGUAACAUUGUGAUAUUUUUUCAGAUGUAUGUGGAACUAUAUUGUUUGAUUUUAUCCUGAUACUCUGCAUAUGGUGCUUACAAAUAUAUAUUGUCCAAGCAAAGGUUCCCGGUCAGCAAUCUAUGAAAGGUUCAUUUUAUGUCAA